UGCAAAUGAGGGGUGUGAGGAUUGUUUGUACAGCCCCCACCUCGCCUGGAUAUUAAUCGUGGCUGCUGAGCAGAGUCAGUUUCCCUCAGCUCACCAGGAAACUUCAGUCAGCGGGGAAGCGAGUUACCGUGUGUCGCGCUAGCAGCCAGGCGCUGGCAGCGGGGGAGCCCGGCGCGGAGCGGGAGGCUGCGGGCUUUGGUCCCGUAUGUGCGAGCGGCAGCCGAAGAGCCGGCCCGCCCCCGCGCAGCCAGCGGCGCUGGGGGAGCAGCAGCGGCCCCGCGGGCUGCGCUGUCGCUAGGGAGGCAGCUGGGCGAGGCGAGCGCGGUGGCCGGGGAAGCGGAGCGGCUGCUCCGGUAACCAAGGAGCGAACCCAGACACACGCCGGCGCCGCUCCCUUCUCCUUGUGCCCGGCUCCGGCCAGUCCCUCGCCUCAGCCGCUGCCUCAGGGCAGCCCCGCUCCGCCCCGCCCGGCGCGCCCCCAUUACCGGAGUUGACUCCGUCCCUGGGACUUGGGCUUUCGUCUCCCCGCGCGGGGCCCUUCCCGCUCCCGCCGCCUGAGAGCCCCGCGCCUGCGGGAGGGUGAGCCGGGCCCCCGCCUCGGCAGCUCGGCUCCUGAUGGCGGCGCAUCGGCAAACCAGGAUCCAAGCCUACCUGGAGAAGAACAGGAUCGGGCCCCUGUUCGAGGAACUAAUGACCAAGCUGAUAUCAGAGACUCCUGACCAGCCAAUCCCAUUUCUCAUUGACCAUCUUCAGUCCAAACAAGGGAACCAGAGUCAACUUCAGAGAACAUUGUCUGGAUCUGCUGCUCUGUGGGCAGAAAGUGAGACAUCAGAAAACAAAGGAACAAGAAGAGAUUGCAGAAGUUAUGAUAAACCCUGGCAGGUAAAUGCAAAGAAACCUAAAAAGUCAAAGAGUGACCUCGCUGUGUCCAACAUUUCUCCACCAUCACCGGAAUCCAAGUCGUUGCCAAGGUCAAUAGAGCAUCCUAAAUGGGACUGGCGGAGAAAACCGGAGAGCCAGGAUUUUGAUGAAUUAAAUCAUAUUCUUCAGGAGAGUAAGAAGCUGGGGAAAGCCCUUGAGAAUCUCUCUCGCAGCAUUGCUAUUUCUGAUGAACUUGAGAAGGAUGCAACAGGUUUUAAUACUCCCCUUCUAAGACCUCGUGUGAUUGGAGAAUGGGUUGGUCGCGAGGAGAAUGAUGCUGAUCCAUUGGCUGCAGAGAUGUUGCAACCUCCAGUACCAAGAAGUAAAAAUGAACAAUGGGAUAGUGAAGAUAGCAGCAGCAGUCCUGGAGGAAGUUUAAAGAUGGAGCCAAAGACGAAAGGAUUAAAACAGCAACAGCAGCAACAUAAGAAGCUACUGGCUGCCAUGCUUUCCCAGGACUCUUUUGAUUCUGUUCAAAGCACAGCUCCCUCAGUGACAGAAGAAGAUAUUGACAAUGAAGAUGAUGCAAUGGAACUACUAGAGGAUCUUGAUGAUUUAAGAAUGGAAGGAGUAACCAGUGUGAUGACUUCUGGGAGUAAAUUUAAUCAAACUCGAAGUGCACAUCCUGCUGAACCUCAGGCAAAGGUCACGUUGAACAUCUGCGCAAGGUGUGCCAGACUGCAAGGAGAUAACUUGGCAGAAACCGCAGAGGAUGUCUCACUAGUGUCUCAGAUGACCGAGCAAGCGGCAUCGGAUUCCAAUGUUUCAGUGCCUGGGGUGGAAACACUGAUGGAGGAUGCUGAUGAAUUUGAGAGUGCAUCUCAAAUAACAGGACCUCAUCAACCUGUUUGGGACCUGGAUGUCAUGUGUGCCAGAAACGGAGAGUCCCCAAGCCAGAAACUCCUGAAAGACUCCUUAGCCGCAAAAGAACUGCAGACCAUGGAAAAACAUCUAGCUGACAUUGAAAAGGACCUAGCACUCUGGGAAGAAGCAAGUAGUAGUCCACAUAUUAAUUUAGUUACAACACACCAUCCAGGAAAUCUUCAAGCCACAGUAGGCCAAAAUUCAAAGCCUCAAGUGCCAAGUCAAACUGGGAAAAAUAUUCAGCUGCAGCUGCAAGGAAACAAAUCACCACUGCUUCCUACUAACAGCAGAGCGCAGGUCUCCAGUAUCUCAAACAGUAGGCCUCAGACUUCCAAUAUGCAGAACAACAGGCCUCCAACGCCAUCGACUCCAGGAAGCAGACCUGCAACCCCAAAUAGUUUGUUGCCACGACCUCAUACCUCUAGCAACCAGGGAAAUAAGGAUGGAAUCGUUAGUAUGCAAAGAAGCAGAUCCUUAACUUCUAAGAGUCAAAUUGGGAGGACUCUUGGCACUCCUUCAGGGCUAGCUGUACAAACGAGCGGAGAUAUUAUAGGAACUGUCCCUCAAAGAAUCAGUUUGUCCGAAGAUGAAUUCUUACAUCAAUUUCAGCUUGCCCACCAACCAUGGAUAUUGCCAAGUGACACAGAGAGUGAAGGUGUGGAAGCAGAUCAAGAUAAAUGUUUGUGAAAUCAAUGGGAAUAUUGAAGACUUUAAUUAAAACAAAAUCAUAAUUAUCAAACCUACACCUGAAGAUCUGUUUUAGUUUACGUAUAAUGAUUUUAAAUAGUUAUUUUUAUAAUAUCAACAAUACUUAAAUGGAAUUAUUCUGUGUGGAUGCUGUAAUGCACUGAAUUAGAUUACUAACUAUGGCACAGUGUCCUUAGGUAAAGAAGGUUUACUGUCACUUUUGAAUACAUAGUUAGUAUAAUGUAUUUUGUUUAGUUUAUAUCCCUGUUAUUUUGGAGUGACAUUUGAUAUAUUAAACUUUGCCUGAUCAAAACAAA